GUUUGGGCGGGUUUAAUCCAUACGACGCUACUUGCUGCCGGGGUAACGGAGUUUUGGGGUUGUACGGAAUGUUGCCGGCGGAGUAGGAACUCCCGCCAUUUUUCAAUCAGGUAUUAACCCUCUUGUUUAUUUUGUAUUUAUUAACAUUAUAAACAAUUACUAUCCCGGAGACUAUCUGAUUCACGGACAUUGGUGAAGAACUGACAGAAGCUUCUGUCCGGGAAAAGGCCGAGUCUGCGUAGACCGGAGAAGAAAGCGCGCCAGACCCCCUGACGGGCGCCUCUGCUGUCCCCGCGAAUUGGACAAUUUAGAAAGGCUUGCUUCUCCUACCCGGCGUAUGAGCGAAGUUUCAGCAGAACAGCGGAACAGUUGAAGACUGGAACCAAUCCGAACACUUUAUCUUGAAACUACAUGGACAUAAUAGAACUAUGACACAAACGCAGAUCCACCAUACUAGAAGAACAAGGAGGAGAUGUAACUGUUAGCCGUGUUAUUGUUUUGCUUCAGAAAUCAAGCGAACUAGCAUGCUAGCCUAGCUGGGUGCUAGUCACACAGUGAAUGCUCGGGAAACGUGGGAAGCGAUUUGUGAUAACGUGGGAUUCUGGAAUACAUGCAAAGUUUGUGUGUCGUAUUUCUGUGGAGUUUUGUGCACGAAGGAGGUUUAUUUAUUGAGUUGCCACCGCUGCCGUCUCUCUCCCACGAUGGCACCGUUGUUGGGCCGGAAACCCUACCCACUGGUUAAGCCGCUUGCGGAGCCGCCGGGCCCAGGAGAAAACGUCUACAUCAUCGAGCACACUAAAGAGGCCUUCAGGAACAAAGAAGAGUACGAGGCCCGUCUGCUGAGGUAUGACGAGCGCAUCUGGACAUGCAAGAGCACGGGCAGCAACCAGCUCACACACAAGGAGGCCUGGGAGGAAGAGCAGGAAGUCACAGAGCUGCUUCAAGAGGAGUACCCUACUUGGUUUGAGAAGCCAGUGCUGGAGAUCGUGCACCACAACACCGUGUCUCUGGACAAACUUGUGGAUCUGGUCUGGGUGGAGAUUCUCACCAAGUACGCAAUGGACGAGGAGUGUGACUUCCUGGUGGGGAAGGACAACAGCUUCAAGGUGAAGGUGACGAAGGUGCACCCGUUGGAUACGCCUCAGGAGGAGGCUGGCGAGAAGAAGUUGGAGGGAGCCUGCGACUCGCCCUCCAGCGACAAGGAGAACGCCAGCCAGGAGAACCAGAAGAAGGAACCGGCCAAGGAAGAGGAGGGCCGACGGGACAGUCUCUGUGAUCGUGCAAGGCGGUCGCCACGGAAACUCCCUACCAGUAUGAAAGAAGAGAAGAAGAAAUGGGUGAUGCCCAAGUUCUUGCCACACAAAUAUGAUGUCAAACUGCUCAGUGAGGAAAAGAUCAUCAGUGACGUUCCUGUUGACAGCCUGUUCCGCACGGAACGUCCGCCCAACAAGGAGAUCAUGCGCUACUACAUCCGGCACAAUGCCCUGCGGCUGGGCACAGGAGAGAGCGCCCCCUGGGUGGUGGAGGACGAACUGGUGAAGAAGUUCAGCCUUCCCAGCAAGUUCAGCGACUUCCUGCUCGACCCACACAAGUUUUUGGCUGAGAACCCCUCGUCCAAACGCAAGAGCCUGAGUUCCCCAGAAGGCAAACCCAGCAAGAAGCUCAAGACCUCAGAGUCGGGAGCCGACGGUGACGGGCCGAGUGAGAAGGGAGAGAAGGAGAAGAAGAAGAAGAAAAAGAAAGACUCUCUCCCAAUGCCUCUCAGUCCUACAAUUUGGGGUCACAUGCAGAAGAAGGUGAACGGCUCCCCACUAAAGAUGAAGAAUUCGGGCACACCCAAAGCAGAAGGCGGGGUCACCAAGAAAUCCUCGGGGGCUGACGGCAAGAAGAGCCGCAAGAGUGGCACGAAGAGCAUCAACGGGCAGAAGUCCUCCAAGAAGGACGAUAAGUCGGGUGGCGGCAAGAAGCCCAAGAUGAAGCAGAUGACCCUGCUGCAGCUGGCCAAGGGCUCGCCAGUUGCCAGCGGCAGCCCCAAGAAACGUGCUCGCAGCACGGGCCCCGGGGCCACCCCCAAACUCUCCAAGCCCCUGCCGCCCAUGGCCCUCCACCUGCUGCGCUACUACAAGGAGAACAAGAGCCGCGAGGACCGCAAGAACGCGCUCUCCUCGAUGAUGUCCAAGGCGGCCAAGGCGCUGUCUACGGACGAGCGCGGGCGGCUGCCCGAGGAGCUGCGCGACCUGGUGCAGAAGCGCUGGGAGCUGCUGGAGGCCAAGCGCCGCUGGGCGGCCAUGAGCGAGGAGGAGCGCCAGGCCGAGCUGCGGCGUCGGCGCGAGGAGCUCAAGGAGAAGAUGCGCGAGCGCGCCAAGGAGCGGCGCGAGAAGGAGAUGCAGGUGCGCCGCGAACAGCAGCGCCGUUUCGAGGACCAGGAGCUCACCGGCCGGCCGCUGCCACCCUUCAAGCCCGUGGAGAUGCCCGAGGGGCUGCCCAACGAGCUGUUCGGGGAGGUGGCCAUGGUGGCGGACUUCCUGAGCUGCUACGCGGGGCUGCUGAUGCCCGACGAGCAGUACCCGGUGACCGCCGCGGCGCUGCUGGAGGCGCUGGGCGGCGAGCGCAACGGCUUCCUUUACAUGAGCCGCGUGCUGGUGGUGCUGCUGCAGACGCUGCUGCAGGACGAGCUGGCCGAGGGCUACAGCGAGCUGGACAUGCCGCUCUCCGAGAUCCCCCUCACCAUGCACUCCACCUCCGAGCUGGUGCGUCUCUGCCUGCGGCCCAGCGACGGCCUGGACCAGGAGAGUGCGCGCGGGUCCGAGGAGUGGGCCGGAGGAGGCGGAGGUCCGCCCUGCGGAGGCUUGGUCGGCUUCGACGAGGUCAUGGCCGCCGAGCUCCUGGAGCAGCUGGAGACACGCGAGGUGUUUGAGCUCCCGCCGCCGGACAAGCUGCGCCUGCUGGUGGCGCUGUGCCACCGCAUCCUCAUGACCUACUCGGUGGAGGACCACGUGGACUCCAUGCAGCAGCGCUCCGCCGAGCUCUGGAAGGAGCGCCUGGCCUCGCUCAAGGAGGUCAACGACCGCAAGCGGGCCGAGAAGCAGCGCCGCAAGGAGCAGAUGGAGGCCAAAGGUCAGGGUCAGGGUCAGGGUCAAGGGGUGAAGGUGGAGGUGGAGGGCGGAGCGGGAGGAGACUCGCCUCAGGUGAAGGAGAAACCGGCGGAGAAGAAGAAGGAAGGCGGGGUCAAAAAGGAGGUGGGGAAGGUGAAGGUGGAGCCUGUCCCGCCCCCUGCAGAGGCGGAGCCUGUGGACAUGAUCAGCACGGUGAAGAGCAGGAGGCUGAUGUCCAUCCAGGCCAAGAAGGAGAAGGAGGAGCAUGAGCGACUAAACAAAGAGCGCAUGGAGCGGGAGGCAGAGGAGGAGCGGAUCAGGAAGCAGCGGGCAUCGGCAGAACGGGCGUUCCACGAAGGCAUCACCAAAGCCAAACUCACCCUGAGGAGAAUACCUCUGGGCACCGACCGCAACCACAACCGAUACUGGCUGUUCUCUGACGUGGUACCAGGUCUUUAUGUGGAGAAGGGCUGGGUGCAUGACAGCAUUGAGUACAACUUCACCCUGCCCCCCGAGGACCAGCCCGCUCCUGAGGAAGAUGAGGAAGAGCAGGAUGCUGAGGCCGAUGGGGAGAAGGAGGAGGAGGGGAGUGAGAGCGCCUCUAACGAGGGCGCCCAGCAGGUGGCGCCAGCCGCCCCUGAGGCUAUCAUAGAGACCACCGUCCCCAAACUGGGUCAGAACCUCUGGUUUGUGUGUGACACACCGCGGGACUUUGAGGAGUUGGUGGAGAAUCUGCACGCACAAGGAGUGAGGGAGAGCGAGCUGAGGAACCGACUACAAGACCGGUACCAAGACGUCCUCCAUUCCAUCCAUCUGGCCCGCAAGGGCAACCCAGGCCUGAAGACCUGCGACGGGCACCAGGAGCUGCUCAAGUACAUGCGCAGCGACAUCCUGGAGGUGGCGUCGCGCCUGCAGAAGGGAGGCCUGGGCUACAUGGACGACACCUCCGAGUUCGAGGAGAAGGUGCGGUCUCUGGAGAACCUGAAGGACUUUGGGGAGUAUGUGAUCCUGCUGCAGGAAGGCGUCAUCCAGAAGUUCCUGCAGGGCUUCAUGGCCCCCAAACAGAAGCGGAAGAAGAAGCAGGGAGGAGAGGAACCGAGCGCCAAGGCUGAGGAGGUGGACGAGGAGAAGAGGAUCGCAGAGGAGGCCCGGGUGGCGACAGCUGUGGAGAAGUGGAAAGUGGCGAUCCGCGAGGCGCAGACGUUCUCCCGCAUGCACGUGCUGCUGGGAAUGCUGGAUGCCUGCAUCAAGUGGGACAUGUCCGCAGAGAACGCUCGCUGCAAAGUCUGCCGCAAAAAAGGAGAGGAUGAUAAGCUGAUUCUGUGUGACGAGUGUAAUAAGGCAUUCCAUCUCUUCUGCCUACGGCCGGCUAUAUACCGCAUCCCUGCCGGGGAGUGGCGGUGCCCAGCCUGUCAGCCUGCCGUGGCCCGCCGCUGCACCAGAGGACGAAACUACAACGAGGACAGCGAAGAGGAGGAAGACUCUGAGGAAGAGGAGGAGGACGAUUCGGAAGAAGACGAUUCGGAGGAAGAGGAAAAUGACUACAAAGCCAUGGGACACAGCUUGCGCCCGCGUAAGAAGGUCAAGCAGUCAUCCUCGCGCUCGAAGAGCCACUCAAAAUCCUCUUCCAAGAAACAGACGACGCCCAGCAACAAGUCCAGCUCCAGCAAACAGAAAGCCACCAGUAGCCCUGCCGACAUUGACGAGCUGGUGCGGCAGAGCUCUCGAGGCGGCCCUCGCAGGCAAGCCGUGGAGCUGGAGAAGUGUGAGGAGAUCCUGCAGAAGCUCGUCAAGUACCGCUACAGCUGGCCCUUCAGAGAGCCGGUAUCCCCAGACGAGGCGGAGGACUAUCUGGACGUGAUCAGCCAGCCCAUGGACUUCAGCAGCAUGCAGGCCAAGCUGAGCGCGGGCGGCUACCGCACUGCCCAGGACUUCCUGGAGGACAUGAAGCUGGUCUUCUCCAACGCCGAGGAGUACAAUCAGCCCGGCAGCGCCGUGCUCACCAGCACCACCCGCACCGAGCAGAGCUUCACCGAGCUGCUGCACAAGCUCCUGCCUGGCCUGAGCUACCUGCGCCGCCGAUCACGCAAGCGCCUCAGCCAGGCCCUGCAGGAGGAGGAGGAGGAGGAUGAGGAGGAAGAAGAUGGGGAGGAGGAGGAGAAGGGUAGGGAAAAGAGGAGCUUGCAGAAUGGAAGAGCCUCCUUGUCUGCUUCAAAUGGGCGUCAGGGUAGACGCAGGAGUAGGAGAGGAGAGGAGGGGAGCGAGAGCGAGGAGGAGGAAGAUGACGAGGAUGAUGAUGAUGGUCGGCGGAGGAGCCGGAGGGGCGGGGGGAGGAAGGACUACCGCGAGCGGGCCGAGGAGGACGAGGAAGAUGAGGCGCGUCGUGGUAGCGGGGGCAGCCGCGGCAGAACUCGAGGUCGCAGGGGCCGCGGUGGGGCGGGGGAGACGGUGGUCGCCAGCGACGAGGACGGCCAGCGACAUUCCAAGCGACAAAAACGCUCUUCAUGAGGCCCAGGGUGUUUGUUAUAAUAUUAUUGUUUUAUUACGAAUUGUUUUUGUUUUCUUUUUCCUGUGCUAUUUGUAAACAACCCCGACCCCACCCCGUCUAUCCUCCCCCUCCUCCCAAAAAGUCAGAUUUGGAGCCCUAAACCGCCCCGCACCCAUAGACCUCUUUAAUUGGACUGAAUUCUCUCCCUCUUGUCUGUUGUAGAUUUUUUUUUUUGGUUCCCAAUUCCUUGUAUUAUUUUUGUGCUUCAGGGAGGUUUUAUGUUGAUAUUUUGACAAAGAAAAACUGAUUUAUAUUUGUAAUGGCGUUUAUUAUCAGUGACUUUUUUUCAACUGAGGAAGCAAAUUUCCUGUGGAAAAAAACAAAAAAACAAAAAACUAAAGAAAAACCCUAAAAUUGGUAAGUGAUCUCAUUGAGCUCUUAAAGGACUUUAUUUUGUUUUUUUCAAUUUGAUCCCCUUUAAACCUCAAUCUUAGCUCUCUCUAUAUGGUGAAUACCUCUUAUGUCAACUCCCACAGUGUCACCAUGGCUAAUGUGUCUGUGAUUGGGUCUUAUGUUCUUUGUUUGGUUAUGUUACCAUUGUUUUGCUAUUCCAUCAAUAUUGUUGGGUGCUGGACAAAGAACCUAAAGCAGGAUUACAACCAACACGUCAGCAUCGACCGGUUCUAGCAUUGUAGAGAUUCUCCAGAACCGGGACCACGGAAGAACCCAACUGCACGUCUCAGGUUAGCUAAAGUGGUUCUGAUGGAUUCUACACAAAUUCAUCCUUCCUCUCACCCCCCUCCCCCUUCCAAUCCCCAACUUAGCCCAUGAUCAUCCAUGUUAUUAGAGAGCUGUGGAAAAUUGAAAUGGUCAAUCUUUGAGUAUGCAACAACAGUCUGCGCUUAAUCAGUCUUCAGUGUUUUUAUUUUGUUUGUUAUUUUUGUUUUGUUUGUUUUGUUUUUUUUUGACAAUAAAGACACAAUGAGUAUCUUUUUUUUGCUAAGAAUCCUCCAUUUUCCUACAUACAUUUUCCCUUAUCUAACAGUAGAGACAAAUUGGGGAAGCCAAACUAGGAGUUCAGUAGAUCGUACUAACAUUCACGUUACUUUAGUGCAGUUGGUGUAUCGGUACUUUCUCCUGAGUCAUUCCGCCAGGGCUGGUGCAUCUUCAGUGUGCAGUGAACUCUAAUUUAAAGCCUGACGACUUGAGUUUAUACCUAAAUGUAUAUAGUGCAGAGGAUAUACUUCAAUCUUAUUAUCUUGAUUCAUGUUGCAGUGCAUGUUGUGUGUUGACUGCCUCUGAGCGAGGGUGGAGCUUGAUUGGUCAGACUGGUUUUGGGACAGCACUCAAAGAGGGAGGCACACUGAUUAAACACCAUUGAUUCAAGAUGGCCUCAAACGUCUUGGCAACGCCGCUUUUAGCAGUGCUUUUCAAUACUCAAUGGGAAAAAAAUAUUGACAAAAUGGCUGGCAAGAACUUCCCUCAAUCGACAUGGUGCUUUCACGAACAUGAACCGACUGGUCUGAUCCAUCACAUUCCAGUUGAGAUGUCUGUACAAUUAUUUAGCAAUUGCUGGGUGGGCAUUGUUUGAAAAUGUAACUCUUGUGCUAGGGUGCUAAUACGCUACCAUACCUGCUUCUCACUAAAAUACAAUCACACUCACAUAACAACCAUUAUUUAGCUUCCUUAAAAUAGAAAAAAAAAAUACCUCAAGUCUUCUACAGUAGCCAUGUGGCCCUUUCCCUUGCUCACCAGCAGAGGCUGCACUAACACCACAUUUGGUUUUGUGUUUAGGUCCUGAGGAUGUGUUCAUAUCAAGCACUUAAUAAGCGCAAGCAUCUCCCAACAGCCCCGUCUCCUGUCAAACAGACUAUUGCAACCUUAGAGUUGCUCUCUUUUCACAGAUUGGUGCUUUAAGGGCUGUCACAGCGUUCUGGCAGCUUGUGUAUUUAAAGCAUUAGCGCUUUAAUGAAGAGCUGCCCCCUGGGUCCUUACAUGGAUUCCUUGAUGGAAUCUAAUCAGAAGCCUCAUAGCCGGAGUUUAUACAAUCAGCUACAGGAUAUCCAGGGGAAGUCUCGACAUUAACAAAAGGGAGAGUCGAUUAUUUCCUUUACCUGACUUUUGAGUUGCUGCCUGCUUUUGUCAUGUAAUGCAGCUGUAGAGAGACCAAUCUUGAGCAGACCAGAAUUCAGGUACCUUGUUACCCCAACAAUCUAAUUGUUUCAACCCCCACACCUCAUCCAAAAAGGUUACCAAAACUACACUUUAUAGGUUCCAUCUCAGAUGGGGGUGCUUGAUGUUCCUCGACGACCAAUCGGAUGAAAGAGGUGGGGAGAGCACAUGGAAUGCAGGAACGUGGCGCCCGGGUGGUCCAUUUGGGGGAGGGGGGGUGGAGGGAUGUAUGGGGGGUCGUUGAUGUAAAUGUUCUCAUUCAGACAAAUGGGGCUUAAAGUCUAUAACUGCUCUGUUCACUUUCUUUCUGCCUUGGUUGUUUUUCUUUCAGCUGUAUUUAUGGUUCUCGGGAGGCAGGUAUCUGAUUCUGAGGUUGCGGAAACUUUGCCUUGGGUUAGCUUUGGGCUUGGGGAAGAAACCAUUCUAAGGGAACGAGAUGCUUCAGAAAUAUCACAUAUUGCCCUUUCAAUUUUUCAAUCAAUCGGAAUAUUCUGUUUAUUAUAUUCUGUUGGAGGUGUAGUCGACCUGUCAUCACUGCCACGUGUAAACUUUGUGAUAAUUAUGUAAUGUAUAGUUGGGUCUGGGGUGGCUGUGGCUGUUGAAUGGGAGAGGGAUUUUUUUCUUUACUUUUUAAUAAAAAUAUUCUCCAAUGUCA